CGACGUGCUCGGCGGCCGAGGAGCGGCGGCCCCGGAGAUCACGACUGUCUUGGGAGAGCAGGCUCUGAUGGGAGCAAGAAUGCUCAGGAUGCCCAGCUGCCUCCUAAAGGUGACCAGGGUGGUGCUGAGCCACAAGCUCAGGGCUCUGUUUAUCCUUGCCUUUAAGUUCAUGUCCUUUGCCUCCAUCUUGUUGUAUUGGAGAAUGGCAGAGGACCCUAAGGGCAGAGGCCAGCUCUACAGCUUGCCUGUUGAAAUCCACUGUGCUCAAACUGUGCCUUCUCCACACACCAUUGCUGGUGAGCCCCCUCCUUCCCCAGGAAAUGUGUAUUUUGUGGAGACAUCAGAGCGAACUGACCCAAGUUACCUGUUCAUGUGCUCUGUGGAGUCAGCAGCGAGGAAGCACCCGGGGACAAGGGUCGUGGUGCUCAUGAAGGGCUUGGCAAACAGGAACGCCUCGUUACCCAAACACUGGGGUUUCUCGUUGCUGAGCUGCUUCCCCAAUGUGGAAAUCCGGCCCCUGGACUUGACAGAGCUUUUCUCUGGAACACCUCUGGCAAAGUGGUACUUGCAGGCUCAGCAGCGCUGGGAGCCUUAUUUCUUACCCGUCCUGUCUGAUGCCUGCAGAAUUGCCAUCAUGUGGAAAUUUGGUGGCAUCUACCUGGACACAGACUUCAUUGUGCUUAAGAACUUGAAGAACCUCACCAAUGCGCUUGGUAUCCAGUCCAAGUAUGUACUGAAUGGGGCCUUUCUGUCCUUUAAGCCCAAACACAAGUUCAUGGAGCUUUGCAUGCAGGACUUUGUGGAGAACUACAACAGCUGGAUCUGGGGACACCAGGGCCCACAGCUCCUAACACGUGUGUUUAAGAAGUGGUGCUCCAUCAGGAGCCUUCGGAGCACUACAAGCUGCAAAGGAGUGAGUGCUCUGCCCCGUGAGGCUUUUUAUCCCAUUCGGUGGCAGGACUGGAAGAAAUACUUUGAAGUGGUCAGCUCCUCAGAGCUUCACCACCUCUUUAAUAACACCUAUGCAGUGCAUGUAUGGAACAAGAAGAGCCAAGGGACAAGAUUAGAGAUCACAUCCCAGGCUUUGCUGGCUCAGCUGCAUUCUCACUUCUGCCCUGCCACAUAUGAUAUCAUGAAGAAGGACUCUGUAUGGCAGUGAUUCAAGGUCAGCUAAGAGUGUUGCCUGGGAGCUCACAACUCUCCAGCUGUUCCAUCAGAAAUGAACUUUCUUUUGAAGUGAGGAGGUGAGAGUUGAGGGUAAAAGCCAUUUGUGGGGUGUAGGUAGAGCCUGAAGCUUCAGCCAGUGUCUGUGCAGCUCUUUGUCUUGACUAUAACUGCCUACCAGUAACAUUUGUUUCUCUGAAGGGCCUUUCUCCUGCUUUGGUCAGGCAAAGAAAUCUCAGGAGAAGAGCAAAUACCGGUCCACUUGUGGCAGCCUUUCAGAGAAAUAAGGCCCCUUUCUGUGGCUGUAAACCUGCAGGAGGCCUUUGUAGAAAUGCCUAUCUCAUUGACUGAUUCUUAGGAGUUCUAAAGCACAGUCCUCAAAGCAAUGAAAGUGCGGAAGAGCAAAGAACAGGAACUGAGGAGCAAGUUAAGGAUGUGCUAGAGAAGGUGCCUGAGAAAAACAUAGAAGAAAACACACAAGGAAGAGCUAAGGCAGCUUCUUUUUCUUUCCUUUCCUUUCUCUUCUGAAGUCUUUGGUGGAGGAGACUCUCUCAUGGCUGGUUUGAGCAGGCAGCAGGAUGCUGCAAUCUCUGUUUGAGGUCCUAAGUGUAAAGAUGUGAAAAUCUGGUGCAAAUCAGAACAUGAGGAUCUCAGUCCAGCUCAUUGUUCAGAAGGAGCUUCUGCAAAGCAAUGACUGAUUUUAUAGUAGUGGCAAAUUAAGACCCUGUGAUGCACAGGAGAGCUCACCUAAAUCCCACCUUAAAUUGUACCUGACACAGGAAAAGCUGAACUGCCUUUUACACUGAGUUUGUCUUUGUGACCAAAUGUCUGUUACUGCAUCUAAGAAGCACCAGACCUUUCAGCACUUGGAUGGAUCCUAAAAGAGAUGCAUUAUGUUUCCAAAUAUUUCCAAGGUUACAGAGAAGACAGAUAGGGAACCUGUACUGUCUGAAUUUGUCUAUGAGUCAUUUAUGGUGGACAUCUUCAAGUAGCCUGGAGUGCUCCUGCAAUUCACUGUCCAGGAGUACAAGUCUCUUCUAGGAGGUCUUGAGAAAGACAGUGGGAAGUUUUACUCUUCUCCCUGAGCAUCUUCCUGAACUGUAGCUGAG